CACCGAGUCAUCCAACCCCGACACCCUUUGUUUGGUCGGGUAAUAUAGUUUCCAAUCUUCCAUGUCGAACUCGAGGUUCGUAUUGGAUGGGCUAUGGCGAUGCUUAUGCCCUUCCAUUGACCCAGCUGUCGCAUCUCGGCUGCUUCGAUCUCCCGCUCCCCUUCUCCCCAGACGAGUUCAUGCAACGCCGCGACGAGCUCCCGUUUCGAGAUUCGGUUCCAGAACACGGCCGUGUCAUGUACAACAACGGCAAUAUAGCUUCACGGCCACCGCAACUUCUCCGGCUCCCGCCCCUCGACGCAACAGCCGAGCGAACGACGAUAAGGGGAGAAACGCCAACCCGGCGCGAACCUUGGCCGAGACACCAUCGCCCAAAGAACUGGAUAAGAAUGUGUUACGCUCAGCCUCGACGGAGCAAAUUACCGAAGCCCUGCAGGUUUUGCGGAAUCGCCCGGACGGUUUCCUCGUCACCGCCGCUCUUGUGAAGCACCUUGUCCAAGAGCGCGGCGAGCUGCCGAAUCCAAGGAUGUACGAGUGCUUGAUAGCGAGCGCGCGCGACACCAAGGGCUCGGCCGACAUGUUGGCGCAGCUACUGGCUGAGAUGAAGACGUUGAAGUUUCCUACGGGCUCACGGCUUUGUCAUGAGGCCUUGCAGGUCCUCGCGGUCCAUCCAAACUACCUCCUCCGAAACGAGAUCCUCUCGGCCAUGCAAGAAUCGUGGACCGAAAUCGACGCCAACGGCCAAUGCAGCAUCGCCCUGGGCCUGCUGCGCGACGGCCAAUACGAGCUGGCCGCCUCCAAAUUCGACGACAUCCUCGACAAAUAUGCCGCCGACGUGCCCCACUGGAUGAUUGACAUCUUCAUCCUCGUCUUCCUGCAGAAGGGCUUCCUGGACGAGGCCGUCCGCAUGGCCCACGUGAAGCCCCACGCCACCGCCGCCGAGGGCAUCCCGCUGCCGCUCUGGCACCAGCUCCUCGACGCCUGCAGCCGCGCCUCUCACUACGUCGGCACCAGCUACGCCUGGAACUGGCUCCUCGAACACGACCGCCGCGUCCUCCCGGACGGCCUCCUGCUCAACGUCCUCCACACCGCCGCGCGCCACGCCGACCCGCACCUGGCCACCCAGGUCACCGACCUCCUCUCCGCCCGCGGCGCCAAGUUGGCUCUGCACCACUACGAGGCCCUCGUCGACGCCUACGCCGCGCACCGCGACCUCGACGGCGCCCUCCGCGUCCUCUGCAUCAUGCACGACGCCCUCUCCGUCGUCCCGGACGGGAGCACCCGCUCCCUCUACCUCGCCCUGCGCUCCCAGCCCGCCCUCCUGCCCAAGGCCCUCGACGCCCUCGAGCGCCUCCUCCUGUCCGAGCACCGCCACGUGCCCCUCCAGGCCGCCAACGCCGUCCUCGAGGGCGCCGUCGCGGGGUCCGGCUUCGACGCCGCGCUGGACAUGUACCUCGACUGGCCGCGCUACACCCGCGCCCGCCCCGACUGCGUUACCCUGCGCCACCUGCUCCGCGCCUGCGACGACCCCGAGACCCUGCGCCUCCUCGUCUCCGAGAACCCGGACGCCGCCCUCCGGGGGGACCGCGCCUCCUUCGAGCGCGCCGUGCGCGAGUUUGCCCGCGUCGGCGACUUGGAGAGCGCGUAUCGCUGCGUGGAUAUGCUGGGCGCUACUACUCCUGCCCCUGCCCCGCCGGCAUGGUUGUCGCGGGAGACGGGGCUGGUGCUCGUGCGCCGCUCCCUGGAUGCCCGCGACGAGCGCGUAUGGUGGCUCUUGGAAGAGGCCGAGCGGCGCGGCCUCGACUUGCGCACCGGGCUAGCCAGACUGCUUGCCGUGUGGGAACAGGAUCGAGAACCGCCGACAUUCAAGUCGAGGAGGGAGCUGACUACGGGGCGACGCGUCUUGGGUGGUGGAGGGGACGUGGAUGCUGAUCCGGUGGACUGA